GCAUAGAGCCUGCUGUUGAGCGGGGAUAUGCGCUAUACAAAUGCUAUUUAUUAUUAUUAUUAAUGAGACCUAAAUGAAUGGUAGCCGAGUUAAAUUUCAUACUCUUCGGGUCAAAUUAUUGCUCGACGUGCACGAUUAAACCCGAAUUUGGCAUUAUCUUAUCGGGAAUUCGUCGACUCUUCUCCUGUGUGUGUGAACACCGCAUUAGACUAUGGCAAUUACUUCCAGUGAGUAGCAAUUACUUUUAUGGAGUCCGACUCUUGGACUUCUACAUGAUAUCUCCCGGUGAAUAGUAAUUACACAGCCAGUAGAAAUCACUCGGCGAGUGACAAUUAUCUGUGGAGACAAGCAAUUCGUUUCAAUGGGUCCAAUAUCUGGCUAGUUAGUUGUUACCUGGUGUGCUCUGAACAUUUUCAGGAUUCAGGAUAACCUCAAUUUCGGAACAAUAAAUAAAGUAAUUGGCAACCUUUGGUUUACCUAAACAGGAGUCGGAACUUUCCAUCUGUAGCCCUAGUCGCAGGAAUCGGUUCAGGAAUCGAUUCUUUGCCCAGCUCUACCUGAGACCUGCAAGCUCGCUGCAUAUUUGGCAUUCAAAACGCAAAUCAUUUACCGACCUUCGGUGUGCGAGUGCGGACGCUGUGCAUCAUCCUGUUUGUUUCCCCCGGUGUUGUAAAACGUUUGACUUUGUUUGGUUGAAGAAGUGCAACAGUCGUCGACGCGACAAGGAACAACUUGGUUGCUUCCAUACGCUUUUACCUCAAACAUGGAAGACUGCAUACCCGGCGUUUGGGUUCUCGCAGCUACUGUUGCAGUGCUGUUUGUUCUUUACCUCGUUUCUAAACUGUCCGGCUUCGGAAGAGGUACCCCGCCGCCGGGACCUCGGGGCUGGACGGGUUUCAAGGAGAUCAUGAAAGCCACCCUCGACGAUAGACUCUAUGAAGCGGCCUGGACAUGGGCGGAGAAGUACGGGGACAUGACGUACUACAACGUCCUAGGUCAGAAGGUCUGCGUGCUCAACUCGGCGGAGAUUAAUCGGAGGCUGUGCCGGUCAGAGGAGUACAAAAUGCUCACGUGUGACCGAAUGCCCAACGUGGUGUCGGAGCUGGCGUGGUACAACGGGAAAGAGCUCUUUUUCACGCCUUACGACUCCACUAUGAAACAGAAAAGAAUCCUGUUCUUCAAACUAAUGGGACUCUACGGCGAGGGUGUGGACAAAUUCGAAAAUGUCGUGGGGAAAGAGCUGAAUCGUUUACUAGGUGAGCUCGAUAAAGCCAAAGGACAGGACGUACCUAUUCAUCAAAUGUUGGCACGAUCCCUCAAGGUCAUUUUGUUCCUUCUGGUAAACGGUGACAUGAACGUGGAGAAGGUGAGCUACGAAGUGGUGGACAUCCUAGAGCGCUAUGACAACGCCCUUAACGAGAUGCUGGACGUGCAGACCUUGACAGCGCUCACCAACUUCCCCAUACUGCGAAGGUUCGGGAAGUUUAAGAAACUUUGUGACGAGGUGCGGGCAAGCAAGGUGGAAGCAGAAAAAGUUCUCUUUGACGACAUUAAGGAGACCUACGUUCCCGGAAGGAUCCGGGGCUUCGCGGACGCCUUGUUGGACUUCCAGAGCCAGCCUGACCAUGAAUGGCUGGACGAUGAGCAGAUCCGGGGAAUCCUGGCCAUGACGUUCUUCGCUGGUACGUGUCGCAAUUGGCGCUGGGCAACAUGAGAGUAGCACGUGACGACAUCCACAUUGACGGAUAUGUCAUCCCGAAGGGCACACAGUUCCCAGUGAACACAUGGUUCUUCCACCGAGACCCCAAGAUCUGGGACGACCCGUGGACGUUCCAGCCUGAGAGAUUUCUCGAUGCUAAAGGCAUAAUCCUGCCAGCCACUCACCCCGUGCGCAAACAGCUUCAGUCUUUCGGAAUUGGAGUCCGCAUGUGUCCUGGUGAGAAUUUCGCCCGCUCCCGUAUCUUCCUGUUUGUGGUGUCGAUCCUGCAGAAGUAUGAUGUGCUCCCGCCGAAGAACGAGCCCCUGGUGUCAUGUGACCCCAGGCUGAACCUCAAGGGCGUCAUCCGACAGGCCCCGCCCUACAAGUGCACUCUGAGAGACAGAAUCAGAGAACAAAGCAGUGAAUAAACUGGAGUUCUUUUGAA